ACAGCCGUCAUUAAUCCUUGCUAGCUUGCUGUGCUGUGUCGAGUUUAGCUAGGGGAGAGAAACCGUGGGAGAAUGUAGAUUACGUUAUGACAAAAAAGAAGUAAAGUUUAGGAUUGAUAAACAUCCGGCAACGUGGAAGAAAGAAACUGAAAAGGUAUCACCAGCAUCUUGGCAACAUCUCUUCUCUCCCCUGGCUCUCCAGUGUGUAAGGACACCGUUCAGUGUAUCAUAUCUUAAAGUCACCCAGUGCCUCUCCACCCGAUGGAUCGUUAUUUUAACCUGUAUCUUCACCAGUGCUAAAACUAACACCAGCAGGACAGAGGAAUCACAAGUUAAGAGAUUUUUCAACAUUUUGAGCAAAGUCAGGUACACCGCAGCUACCAAAGUUACCUGUUAAUACUGUAUUAAGUUUGGUGCCCCCAAAAUCCAACAAAGCUUCUUAAAAGUCUAAACCUCAAAACGCUUCAUCAUUCAUCAGCAUUUCUCAGUCCUCUCAUCAGGUCGGUCCAUAUUGGAACACUACUUUGCACCAUUAUGGCCUCCAUCAUCAAGUCGUCCGAGCCUGAGAUCCCAGACAACCACAAAGAGAGCUGGCUGGCGCUACUUUCUGCCGCGGAAAAGUAUUGCCAAAAGUCUGGCUGCGACCUGGCCAUACUAACGGCGUGUAAGAAGUUCCGGUCAUCGGCUGGAGGCGGAGACGGGAUGAGGAAAUUGGAGAGCAGCAGUGCCUUUCCAAAGGAGUGUGAUUUCUCCUACAAUGUAUGGGGCCAAGGGUUUCUGGCCGAGUCGGCGCGUCGCUACAUGGACGACAUUGGCGUGCUGCACUCCACCACCAUGCUAACAGCCCAAAAGCACACACGCCAGGCGGGGGGAGAGGGAGGAACCAAGCUGGUGGGUGACCUCACCUCUGACACUGGAAACAGGGGGAGCUUUACAGGAGACGGCGGGGUGGGCGGAGUCAGUCCCAAUAGCAGACUGUAUUCCCAAAGCUACCCGUCAAUCUACAGCUCAGGAGCUGUGACCGGGCAGGGCGGCGGGCAGAACGACAACGGAGAGAGGGAACGGGAGAAGUGUGCACUAGAGGCCGAGCAGGAGAGACAGAGGUCUAGGAUUGAGGACUUGGAAGAAGAGUGUGAGGAAGAGGAGGAGGAGGAGGAGGAGGAGGAGGAGGACAUGGAUGAGAGGAGACCUUAUGGGAAUGAAAGUGCUGGUGUAUUCUCCAUGGACGAGGACUCUCUGUCUCGGGACUGCGAGCCGUUCUUUGAGUCCGACGGGGAGGAGGAGAGUACUGAUGGCUCUUUAAGCGAGGAUGCCCCUCCGCCAACGCGUGGCAUGGCUAUGGGCCAGGCUGCGUACUCGGCUCGUCACGCCCACCCCCACCCCAUGGCUCUGGCCCGCUCGCUACCUGUAUCUGUGCCUGUGUGGGGCUGCAGAGGAAACAGAGCUCAAGACAGCAACAGUGGAGAGCGGGUGGGCUGUGCUGACCUGGAGCACAUCGCUGCCAGUAUGAAGGCCCUGCUGGCCCCCGGAGCCAAUGAUGGGACGGAAAUGUUUGGGGCCCUGCCUCGGCCCCGUCUCAACACGGGGGACUUCUCUCUCAAGCACUGAGAGAGAGUGAGGCGAGUGGAGAGUAAGAGAAAGAGAUAAAGGUUGUCCUGAUGAAAGGAGACCUGGACUGGCUGGCAGAUGUGGCGUGCAGUAUGUGAAACAGUGUAAAAGCUAGUACCUCCAUUUAUUUCUCACUAACGGAAAUUAACGGCACAUGCUUUGAGGAGAAAACAAAAGUUGUUAUGAACACUAACAUUUUCAACACUACACACACACACACACACACACACACACACACACACACACACACACACACACACAACUUGUCACUACACAUGUCACAAUAACAGCUACUACACAUCACAGAACACUACGUUAGAUUUGGACCUCAAGAUGUGUGUGUGUGUGUGUGUGUAGUGCCCUGCUGCACUGCACUGACCAACAAGGAAACUAAAACAGGGUGUAUAGUAGUCGAACUGGCACGGCUAAUUGUUACGCACCUUGUGUGCUGCUGAUAAAUGUUUUUGGGGAGUUUGCCCUUUGGUAAAAUUACCGAGAAGUGAUGAGAACUUGGGGAGCAGCCAUCUGUACCUGGUUGAUUGUUUGCUCCUGUGCUGCAUGCUAAUGCCUUAGCAGACACCGUUUUGAUCAACCUUAAUGUUUAGUAGCUCUAAAGCUAAAUGCUAAGUUACCCUAGACGAUAUAUGGCUAAGAGUGGAAGUUUGGUCCCUAAUCUGAAACAUGGUAUAAAAACAGCUUAACAGAAAUAGUUUAACCUUUUACUCUCUUAUGUCUGCGUGUGAAGUUUGGAGCUCGACCUGGGAGAUGGUUAGCUUAGCUAAGCAUAGAAUGGAGGCAGAGGGAAACGGAUAUCCUGGCUCUCUCUGAAGCUCAAAAAUACACCUGCCAACAACUCUAAAGCUCACCAAUUAACAUGUUGCAUCAUGUUUUGGCAAACGAGCAGAAAUGUAAAAUAACAAGUUAAACUGUAACUCUUUCUUGACAAAGGGCAGUGUAUCCACCCAGCAUCUCCUGCUACACGCUGCAUUCAUAAAAUGUUGGACAAACUGGUAAGAACAAGUAAAACCACCCGUUAUUCUGACUUCGAAAUGGCUGCCCCAACUGAUAGCCUCAUAGUCACAUCAUUUAAAUACCCCAGAGAAGCUACUAUUGCGAAGUUACAUACUUUUUAACAAGUUAAAUUAGAUACAAACAAACGGUGUGUAGCUCCUUUUUAAAAAAAGAAAAGAAAUACAACUUAAUUAGUGAGCUUUAAAAAUGUGGGUAGGUGUAUUUCUGAACUUCAGAGAGAGCUAGGCCGGCUGUUUUUCCUCUUGCUUACAGUCUUUAUGCUAAGCUAAGCUAACCAUCACUAAGCUAUAGCUCAUUGCCCUGCCGUCAUUUAGCUCAGUACAUGCUUAACGUUUUAGCAUGAAGAACAAGAGCCAGCCAUCUCCCAGGACCAGAUUGGAUGUUUUCCCUGCAUGCUCCUAUCGUUUACAGGCUAAGAUGACCAACAAGCCAGUUGUUGACGUUGUCCACCCCUCGCAAAAAAACACACCAAUCUAUUCCUUAAUGGGGUAGAAACCACAGAAAUGGUUGACUUAACAUGAAGCUUGUGGCUUUUCAAAAUGUGAGCAGAGGACACCAGCACCUCCUCACAAUCUGCCUACUUUUACUUUUGCCAAUGAAUGAUUGUAAAUCAA